AUGUCUGAUGUUCGUGCACGGAGACCAGAGUCGGCCUCUGGCCUGACGAACGGUGUUGGCAAACUCCCUCGAAAGGAUAAAGGUGCAGAACAGCGCCUGAAGCAUGGGAUUCCUAUGCAGGUGCUUCGUUCUCUGCUCCUGGCCAUCUGGUUCUUUGGUUGCUGUGUGAUCAUCUUCACCACUCAGUUGAUUGGAUCUCCGCUGUACUUCAUCAGCAAAGACUAUUACUACGCCUAUAUGGCCUUGACGAAGCAGGCUUUUGGAGUCCUCAUCACUACCGUCACCCAAUGGGGCGCUCCAACUCUGGUCCGAGUCAGCGGAGACGAGUCUGUGCGGGGCCAACUUCAGCUGACCGAUGAUGGGCGGUUGAAAACCGAGUUUCCAGAUCGCCUGGUGUUCAUCGCGAACCAUCAGGUAUAUACCGACUGGCUGUAUCUCUGGUGGGUCAGCUAUACGGCUCGGAUGCAUGGUCAUAUAUACAUCGUCCUAAAGGAGACCUUGAAGUACAUCCCAAUCAUUGGUCAGGGGAUGAUGUUCUACGGCUUCAUCUUCAUGGCCCGCAAGUGGCAGUUGGACAAGCCUCGAUUACAGCAUCGUCUGGAGAAGCUCAAGACUCAGCAUUCGGGUCCGAUGUCGGGAUCGCAGUCCCUGGAUCCGAUGUGGCUCUUGAUCUUCCCUGAAGGGACAAACCUGUCCACAAACACCAAGAAAGUCAGCGACAAUUAUGGUGAAAAGGCAGGCAUCCAGCCCCUCAGACACAUGCUCAUUCCUAGGACCACGGGCCUGUUUUUCUGUCUGCAGCAGCUCAAGGGCACUGUCGAUUGGGUGUACGAUUGCACGGUUGCCUAUGAAGGGCCUCCGAAGGGUUGCUAUCCCGAUCAGUACUUUACGCUGCGCUCAACCUAUGGACAAGGUCGACCUCCCAAGUCGGUGAACAUGUACUGGAGACGGUUUGCCGUGUCCGAUAUCCCAUUGGAUGACCAGAAGGACUUCGAAGCGUGGCUCUUGGCACGCUGGAGAGAGAAGGAUGAGCUCCUCGAGGAGUUCUUUGAGACCGGACGGUUCCCUUCGGAUUUGGGUUCUUCGAUUUCCCCCAAGGGCACGCUCGACCAGCAGUCGGAAGCCGCUGACGGAUACGUCGAGACGGACAUCAGGCUGGCGCACUGGUCUGAAAUUGGGCAAAUUUUUGCAGUCCUGGCAGGGGUUGCACUGGUCCUGAGGUUUUUCUGGAGUUCCUGA